AUGGCUGCAAUUGAGGCGUUUUCGAAGAGUUUGAUUGAGGAAGUGCAUAAAUGGGGGUGUUUGAAACAGACUGGUUUUCUUCAGAAGGAACUUGCUAUUAGGAUUGCUAGGAGAGCUAUCGAACUUGAGAGUCUUCCUUAUGGCUUGUCACAAAGACCUGCUGUCUUGAAGGUUAGGGAUUGGUAUGUGGAUUCAUUCCGCGACAUUAGAUCCUGCCCGGAGAUCAAGAAUAUGAAGGAUGAAAAAGAGUUCACUGAUGUUAUUAAGGCCAUCAAAGUGAGACACAACAAUGUCGUACCUACAAUGGCAUUGGGUGUUCAGCAAUUGAAAAAAGAGUCAAAGAUGGAUAGUGAAGAUCUGAUGGAGAUUCAUCAGUUCCUUGAUCGAUUUUACUUGUCAAGAAUUGGAAUUCGCAUGCUUAUAGGGCAGCAUGUUGAACUUCACAAUCCCAACCCUCCUCCUCAUGUCGUUGGUUAUAUACAUACAAAAAUGUCUCCUGUGGCGGUGGCGAGGCAUGCUAGCGAGGAUGCGCGCUCUAUAUGCUUGCGUGAAUAUGGAAGCGCUCCUGAUAUCAAUAUAUACGGCGAUCCUGAAUUUACUUUUCCGUAUGUUCCAGCUCACUUGCAUCUGAUGGUAUUUGAGUUGGUUAAGAACUCGCUGCGUGCUGUCCAAGAGCGUUAUAUGGAUUCUGACAAAGCUUCACCUCCCAUAAGAAUAAUAGUUGCUGAUGGACUAGAGGACGUUACCAUAAAGUUGUCGGACGAGGGAGGUGGAAUACCUAGAAGUGGACUGCCCAAAAUCUUUACAUAUCUGUACAGUACUGCCAGAAACCCAUUGGAUGAGCAUGCAGAUCUUGGAGUAGCUGAUAGUGUGACAACAAUGGCUGGAUAUGGUUAUGGAAUACCUAUUAGUCGUCUAUAUGCUCGGUAUUUCGGAGGCGAUCUUCAAAUAAUCUCUAUGGAAGGAUACGGGACUGAUGCAUAUCUUCAUUUGUCUCGUUUGGGUGAUUCACAAGAACCUUUGCCCUGA